UGAGUUGUUGUUUAAAUUGUGUUAUGUUUUAUCUCCUUGUGUCUUUUAGCAAUAACCUGAGGUUUUGCUUUACUUAUUCACACAAAGUUUUUUUGUUACAGAAAAAGUAUUUUAUAAAACUUUCAUGGAUGUUGAAAAAGGUUCUUGUCCUGUAGUAGAAUUUACUUAUGAAGAAUUAAUGAUACAAAAUAAAUCUCUAUCAGAAGAAUUGGCUCUUUGUCAAAAAGAUAAAGAUUUUGUGUGGGAUCUAUGGAAAAGUUUACAAGAAGAAAAACCUGAUAUUGCUGAAAUUAUAUCUAAAGUUGUUGAAAGAGAACAAGAAAAAUCUGAUGUGAAAGAUUUAAAAGUUUUGUUAGUACUUCAGCAAAAAGAUAUUCACAUAAAAAACUUAGAAGAAAAAUCACUUGAUCUUCAAACACAGUUAAAAAAUGUUAAUGAAAGAUUAUCUUCUUAUAUUGUGGAAGAGCAAAAAUGGAAUGAGAAUUUAAAGCGGUUUGAAAUUGAGAAAGAAAGGUUAACAAAAGAAAUAGAAGUACUUGCUGAAAAAUUAAGGGUGAAAGAGUCUCACUCAAACAUUAUGGAGACCGAGGCAAUGAGUAGAAUUUCAAAGUUACAACAUAAAAAUGCAGAUUUGCAUGAAAACAUGCAUAACUUACAAAAGGAAAUAUCUUCUCUUAACGAAAGUUUAUUCAGUAAAGAUGCUAUUAUACAGACUACUAGUAUACAAAUGGAAGCAUAUCAAGCAAGUGCGGAACAAAAAAUCCAUGAAAAACAAGUUGAGUUAGAUAUACUAAAAAAAGAAAAAGAAGAUUAUUUGAAAAAGUUUGAGAAAUUAGAGCUUAAUUUACAGGAACAUGAAACAAAAUUACUAAAUCAAGUUACUGAGCUUAAAAGUGUUCCUGAUAUGUUUGAUAAAAUUAACAACCUGCAAGCAAUUAUUAGUGAACAGGAAAAGAAAAUAACUUGUAAAGAUGCAGAGUUAUUAGAACUAAGAAACAGCAUGAGUAACCAUUUAAAUUGUUCAAACCACAUAUCUGAGCAGAGUAAUCUUAUAAAAAAGUUACAGAAUCUUCAAGAUGAAACUCAAAAUGUGAUUGCAAAGCAGAAAGCAGAUCACCAGUUAGAAUUAAAAUCUUUGGAAAAUAAAAUAAAUGAGCUGGUUGGAAAAACCCAGAUGCAGCAAAAACUUUUUUCAAAGUUGACAGAGGAAAACAAAGGGUUUGCAGCUAACUGUAAAAAGUGUUUGGAAUGUGAAACACAGUUAGCAAAUCUUCAAAAAAAAUACAAUUUAUUAAUUAAAAAAUAUAAAGAAAGUUUAAGUUUUAAAAAAAAGUAUCAGAAGAUUGGUGCUUCAAGUAAUUUACCUCAUUCUAGUACAACAUUAUCAGAGGUACACAAAUUGUCCUUUUUUAUAGAAAACAACUCUACUGAAUUAUCCAAAGAAAAAGUGAACAAACUGAAAAAAUUAAUUAAAACAAUGGGAGCUGAACUCUCUACACUACAAUCAUCAUACAAACAAAUGCAACAGGGCUAUAACGUUCUCCAGCAAAAUUAUGAUCUGGUUUUGCAGCAGUUAAAAACUUAUAAAUCUUCCCCAAAAAUUCAGCCUUUAAAAGAUUCUGAAUUACUAGUUCAAAGAACAUUUACAAAAUCAUUUCAGAAUGAAGAUACUCAUACUGUGAAUGAAUUGGAGUACUUUCAUAAAGAGUGUAAAAAAUUAAAUUUUGAUAGAGAAAAACUUUUGUUGGAAAUAGAUUCUCUUCAAGUUAAGUCCUCUCAUGAUUUGACAGUUAUCAACCAACUUGAGCUUCAGGUUUUCAACUUAAAAAAAACACUUCAAAAAAAAGAAGAAGAGCAUAAGAUUACUCAGAUAAACACACAAAAGCAACAGAAAAUAUGGGAGGAAAAGUUAAAUGGUUUAAAAGAAGAAAUGUUUAAAAUAAAAGCAGCAAGUGAUGCCAAAAAUGAUGAAAUCAGUUCAUUGAGCAUAAAAUUAGCAUCUGUAACUUCUGAACUAAGCAAGUGUAUCAAGUCAACUGUUACAUCUUUUACUCAAACUAAUGAACUUUUUAAGGAAGAAGAGCUUUUUAGAAAAAUGAAUGAAGUUAUUGAUUUUGUUUAUAAUGACAGAGUUACAAAUCAAUCACCAAGUAAAAUUAGUUGCAAUAUAAGCACACAAACAUUUAAGGAAAAAAAUUUGACAAAAGAAACGCAAACAGACUUUAUUUUGGUUGUUGAAAAUAAAGAAAUAAAUAAAAAAAAGAAAAGUGAUGAUGCAAAACAUCUUGUCUCAUAUAACACUGAAAAUCAUGAAAAUCGAAGUUUAAAGAAAAGAGUUUUAUCACUUGAAAACCAGGUUUUUAUUGAUAUUGCAAAUCACAAAAAUAUAUUGGUAUUUCAACUUCGAGAAUCAAAGAAUUCAUUGAAUAAACUUGUGUUAGAAUUGGAGUCUUCAAAUGCAAAGUUAAAAGAAGAUCUUGUAACCACACUUCAAAAGUUACAAGUUUCUAAAGAAUAUUUACAAGCUAGAAACAUUGAUUUGGAAAAUUGCACUCGCGAGUUAAACACAAUUUUAGAAGAACAACAAAGAGAAAGCAUAAAUUCAAAAAGUUCUGCUGCUGCAUUAAAAGUAAUGGAAAACAAAUUACGAAUAUGUACAGAAGAAUGUUCAAAGCAUUCAUUUCAUGCCAAAACAACCAAACAAGAAAAUGAUAUGCUGACAGAAAAAUUAAAAGUUGAUCAAGAAAAAAUCGCUAUGCUUGAGAAAAACUUGAAUCAGAAGAAAGAUAUUAUAUCUGAAUUAAAAGAGAAGAAUAUUACCUUAAAAAAAGAAAACAAAGAAUAUAGUGUCAAGUGUGAUCAUUUAAAAGAACAGUUAAAAGAAGCUAACGAACUUGAAAAGAAAAGCAAGUUAUAUGCUGAAACUUUAAAAGAAAAGAAAAAUGCAUUAACUAAAGAAAUAUCCACUUUGCGUGCUAGUUUGGCUGAAUGUAAACUUGAACUUCAAAACAAGACUCAUUUAUUAGAAGAAAGCCAACAUCUAUGCAAGCAAGCAGAACUAGCUAUAAAUGAAAUGGAGAAGUCUGCGUUCCAGCAUUUAAAAAGUCAGCAAAAGUUAUAUGAUGAAACUAAUCAAAUUCUUUCAACUCGCUGUGAAAACUUAACUAUAAAUAUCAAUGAAUUGAAGAAGGGUAUUAAGAUAUUUACUGAAUCAAUACUAACACAAAUUCAUAGCUAUCGAUCUUACUCAGAAUCUACCCGUAAGUUAUCUACUGGGACUCAGGAUGCACAAGUAGAUGGUCAAAUGAGUAAGGCACAUGAUCUUGCAUGUUCUAUACUAAAUAUGUCUAUAUCUGAUCUACAACAGUUUAUGGUUGCACCAUCAGAAGAGUUUCCAACUUUGCACAAAGAAAAAGAUAUUCGUGAAAAGUUGGAACUAAUUCUUAAGAAAGAGAAGAACUUUGCCGAAAUCUUGGGAAGAUUUUUGUUAGAUUUAGUUGAGUACAGUUUUCAGCUUUCGCCAAAUCAAAUUUGCUCAGUUAUUUAAAUAAAGGCAUAUUUAUUUAAAAUAAUUAUUUAGAUAUUUAUAUAGUAAAUUAUAGAAUAAAUAUAUUUAUCAACUUUU